GCUUGUGUGCCUUCUCGGUAUUACUAAAAGCAUUUUUUAAUAUUUUCUUUUUUAUCAUUUUUUCAACUCUGAAUAUUUUGGAUGGAAAGGGGAUACUUCAUGCGAGGUUAUUACCAUAUGUAAAGACGGAACCGCUACAGAAAACCAGUUCGGAAGAGCGCGCCCAGCAGAGCUCGGAGCCCCGGCGACCGGACCCUUCCUGUGAGCAGCCCGCCGAGCCCUGCCCGCUCCAGCAGCACUGUCCCGGCCGCAGCCACGACACCCCCGGACCCCGGACACCCAGCACCAUUCAGCGCGAAGCUCUUUCACCAGACAUGCCCUGUGUGCAGGCUCAGUACGGGCCCGCCCCUCCAGGCUCAGCUUACUCUGGCCAGUCCUUCAGUUACCAGGGUGACAGCUACAGCUCUGACCUCAUGACCCCUGACUACACCAAGCUGGACCUGGGUGGGGGUGAGAUCUCUGCUGCUGCCACCACCUCCCUCCCAAGCUUCAACGUCUUCGUGGAGGGGAGCUAUGAGCCCAAGUCCUCCUGCCUUUACCAGAUGCCCCCACACAGACCCACCAUCAAAAAGGAGGAGGAGAGCUACCCAACUGCCCCACCACUGGAGGCCAUGUCCUCCUCCAGCAUGUACUUUAAACAGUCUCCCCCUUCCACUCCCACCACCCCUUCUCUGCCGCCACAACCUGGCACCUCCUUCCUGUGGGAGGACCACCCCCUGGCUCCUCCGUCCCACCCUCAUUCUCUGGGCUCUGGCCUAGACACGGGCCCCCUCAAGUCCCCUCGCUUUCCACAUUUCUACCAGCACUCGCCACCCCACAGUGGUGGCAGCGUCGGCGGCUAUGAGAGCCUGGGAGGACUGGUUCGAACCUCUUCUUCUUCCUCCUCCUCAUCAUCAUCGGUGUCCCACCCUCACGGCCCACCCCUGGAACAGCCCAUGUACCAGCUGCCCCGAGGGCCUGGGGGCAGCAGCCUCGCCUUUCGCUCUCUGGCUCUUGGGCCCUGCGGCCCUCUACUAGGGGAUAGCUUGCCCUCACCACCCCAUCGUGGCAACCAAGGAGAGGGCACCUGUGCUGUGUGUGGGGACAACGCAGCCUGCCAGCACUACGGCGUACGCACCUGUGAGGGCUGCAAGGGUUUCUUCAAGCGCACGGUGCAGAAAAACGCCAAGUAUGUGUGUCUGGCCAGCAAGAACUGUCCCGUGGACAAGAGGAGACGCAACCGCUGCCAGUACUGCCGCUUUCAGAAGUGUCUGAGUGUGGGCAUGGUGAAGGAAGUGGUUCGUACUGAUAGCCUGAAGGGGCGCCGAGGCCGUCUGCCCUCAAAACCAAAAAGCCCCCUGCAGUCAGAGGCAUCUCCACCCUCCCCACCCCUCAGCCUGCUCUCCGCUCUGCUCAGGGCUUAUUCCCACUGCACACCACGAGACCUUGAUUACAGCCAGUUUAGUGCCGCUGACCCUCCAUCUGCCACCUCAGACGCAGAGCACAUCCAGCUCUUCUACAGGCUGCUCACCAUCUCGAUGGAUUCCACGCGGUGCUGGGCCGACCACCUGCCCGGCUUCUCUGAACUUCAGCGUGAUGAUCAGAACCUGCUCAUAGACUCUGCCUUCCUGGAGCUGUUUGUCCUGCGACUGGCUCACAGGUCCAUGCUGUCAGAGGAUAAGCUGGUGUUCUGCAAUGGCUCGGUGCUGCACAGGUUCCAGUGCCUUCGAGGGUUCGGAGAGUGGCUGGACUCCAUCCGGGACUUCUCCACCCACCUCCAGAGCCUAAAUCUGGACGCCUCUGCCUUUGCCUGCCUGGCCGCCCUCGUACUGCUCACAGAACAAGUUCCAGGUCUGAAGGACUCAAAGCGGGUCGAGGAACUGCAAAAUAAAGUCAUUUGUUGUCUCAGAGACCACCUGGGCUCCUGCCCUUCCUCCUCUUCCUCGUCCAAGGCUUUGCCUCCUCUUAGUCGGGUUCUGAGUUUAAGGGCAGAACUCCGUUCUCAGAGGACCCAGGGCCUUCAGCGAAUCUUUUAUCUGAAGUUGGAGGAUCUGGUACCACCUCCACCGUUGAUCGACAGGUUCCUGGACACCCUGCCGUACUGACAGUUCAGGCUGAAGACGGAGAGAAAAAACCCAUUUCAUAUCCUGUUCAGGCCUUCCCCCUCCCCAAGGAGCAUGCACACAUAUCCAGAUGAGAAACGCGCUCCUUUCUGACUGAUGUGGAGCAGAGAGAGCCGAUCCAAAGCUCUCAGUCAGCAGGACGAUACUAAAAACGCCUUUCACUCAAAUGGACAGCCAACAUAAUGCUUUUCACUUGUAUAAAAGACAGUUACUUAAAUGCUUUACUACUUUUUAUUUGAUCCUCCUGUUUUUCUCACACGAGGGAGGAUGUCGAGGUGGAGAUGAACAACAGAAAAAAAGACUUCACUGUUUUUCUCCAUCUGGGUGGCAGCUCAUUCUGCAAAAAAAAAAAGACGAGUUUAUGAGUACUGUUUAUCUAUGUUUUGGCCUGGCUAAAUCUGUCUGAACCUUCUUUUUUAGGAAAAUUGAGGUGUCAGCAUGACUGAAUGUUCUGAGCUGUUGAUGUCACAGAGAGACACAAGUUACCUCUCGCUGAAACAAGCACCGCAGUGUUUUUUUUCGUAAAUGCCAGACAGCAGAAGAAUAGAGAGGCAGAAACACGUCAAAGCAGGAAGCAGAUAUUUCAUAAACACAUGGAAGUGACUGUGGAGGUGGGCUCUUAAUAAUAAGUGCAAUUUCAUAAGUGCUGUCUCACCACUAAAGGAAGAGAUGGAGGAGGAACAGUCUAAUUUCAAACUCUAAAUUAUUUUAAUACAAAGACUUCUCCUGUGCAGUCAGUAGCUAAACACAAGAGGUACAUUUUCUGUCUGGCUUUAAGCGGCAGAAGAGAUCCCUGUGCACUAACGGUCGAUGACUGAGUCACCCAGACUUGAACUUGCUCAAAUUUUUUUUUUUUUUAUUAUUAUUAUUAACUCAUUUUGAAAUUGUAGGUCAAGUAAGACUCUGAGGAAUGAACUUUGACAGAAAUUGGCUUUUGAAGCACUUAGACCCCAAGAAGGGCUAGAAGCAUAGACACACACCCGACCUGCUCAUCCGGUGGAUGGUGGGGAGUUGGAGGGUGCUCGACAGAUAGACGCACGUCCAGGGGGUGAAACAUUCCACAUUUGUGCUUCUUUUUUCUUUUUUUUUUUUUUCCUUCUUUACAUUUCUAUUCUGGAGGUUGUGUGAGAGUGCGGAGGACACCGUCUUUGUGCACAUGCUUAGAGAAGUCAGGAUCAUAUGCAUGGUGUGUUAUAAGCUGUCGAGAGCUGCCAUAGCAUUUCAGAACAGCUCAGCCUGUGUUUGUGUCUCAGACUGCAACUUUAUGGGGAUCUCCCUGGGCCUCCACCACCCACUCACACCCUCACUGCAGCAGUUUUAAAAUGAAAAAAAUUAUAUAGAUAUAAAUAUAAAUAUAUAUAUAAAUAUAUACAAAACUAAUAUUUUGAAGUGUUUUUAGCUUUUUCAAAUAUUGUGGUACGAGUUGUGUAUUUUUUUUCUUUUUUGAAGAGAAACAAGUAAAGAAAAAAAAUGCUGUUUUUCAAUGUCCCUCUUUGGUUAGUUUCCUGUUUGAUUUUUUUUCUUUUUCUUUUUGUUCACUGGAUUUUCUGUUCAGCACUUUGAAAUCAUAAACUAGUUCUGAUUAUUCUGAUCCCCUGUCCCCUGUGUUUU